AACUAUUGGAGUUUUUAUAUUUUUUUCAAAAGGACAACACCGCACGUUCCUUCUUUUAAAUGAUGGCCGAGUCACACUCCGAGUCAACCUCCGAGUCGCUCACCACCACAUCCUCCACAUCUCCCGAUCAAUCCGCAACCAUCACUAUUUCAACCCCAAGAAGAUCUCACCACCAUGUCCCCGAGAUCCCAAUCGAGAUCAUCAGCGAAGAAGAAAUGGCUAUCCUCGACGCAGCGUUUGCCGCCACCCGCUCCUUCCUCCCUUCCGCGAUCCGCUCUUCCCCGUCACGGAUCCGUUCAAUAACCAUGCUCUCCAAAAGGAAACUCUCCGCUUGCUCCUCGGAUAUCGAAGACUCUCUCCUGCAUCGGUUUAGAAAGAACCAAGCUCUGGGUGUCACAGAUCUCACCGGCACUGAAUGGUGUGAGAAACAAAUGGAGAAUGUUCUUUGUCUUGGGAGGAGAAAAGUUAGCAAAGCUAUGAAACUUGGCCAGGCUCGUCACUUGGAGCUUGAAGAAGAGGUAGUUAAAAGGGUGCGAGUAAAAGUUGAAUCAAAUGAAGAUAAGUGGGCCUUGAAGCUACUCAGUUCCAUUGCUGCCGUUAAUCAGUUCUUGUUUGAAGGACGAACUCGUGAAUUGCUACUCGUAGGAUUUGUUGGAGGUCAGUGGAUUGUGGGAGUUAUAGAUGAGGUUAGAAAGGCAUCUACUGAAGACUCUUCUGAUACUGGACCCUUAUUGUCUGAUACCAAGACUCGAGUCCGUGACACACUCCCAGCUGAGCCACAAAGAAGGAACGGAAGGCUACAGGUAAUGCUUUACAAGCUUCUUUGGGACACUGUUGUCAAAGAAGAGUUCCCCUCGACACGUUUUUUCAACUACUUCGCUUUAAACCGUCACGAGGUCUUGUCGCAAGAUGUCAGAGAUAAUAUUGCCGAUGCAGGAAUCCCAGCACAGACUCUUGAAGAGAUAGUUAGGUACUAUGAGAGUACUUUUAAGAUGCUUCCAGUUGCAAAUGAUCAAUUACUACUACGGUACGAGUUUCAGAAAGACCGAUCUAUAAUAGCUGAGAUUAGAUUCACUCAUGAUCCUGAGUGGGUGAUGAGCAAAUACAAAGAAGUCAUUGAGUUUUGGAGAAGUGAAAGAGAAGCUGAGUACACUCCUGAAGAAGAACGUUGGAAAUGUCGGUACUGCCAGUUUGCUAAAUCUUGCCCUGGAAAUCCAAGUCUUGAAUCACCACCUGCUACGAGCUCACCACCAAGAGAGCCUCGUUCUUUAGCAAGCUAACAUGUGUUUCAUCAAACGCUUCUAUGUUGCUUGCUAACAUGUGUUUGUUUAGUGGUUAAACCGUGAUUCGAUUAGGAUUGAUUCUGCAUACCGAGAUUGAUAAUAUGUUGUACACACAACUCGUAUGUACCAUUGUUGCCAGUUUAACCAUAGUACCAUUUAAAACCUAUAUUAAUUACAAGUAUUUAAUAAAGUUAGUCAAUUCUUUUA